AUGACUGAAGUAUUUGAUAUACCUGAAACCAAUUUUAAAGAAGUUAUAAUCAUAGGUGGCGGUCCAUGUGGGUUAGCUACUGCUUCAAGAUUAUGUGAAGAAACUCCUGGUGCUAUAUUUUCUGACGGUGAACAUCAAAGAUUCCACUGGCUACGUCAAAGAGGUAAUGCUACAAAUAUAAUUGGUAAGAAAAAACGUUCAUUAUCCAAAUCAAAUAGAAGAUAUACACCUGAUGAAAUAAUGGUUUUAGACAAAGUUAGUGAUAGAUUCAUGGGUCAAUGGGAUAAUCAAUUUGAAGCUGUUGAUAUUCCUCACCUUAGAUCUCCAAUGUUUUUUCACCCAGAUCCAAAUGAUAUUGAUGGAUUAUUGUCUUUUGCUCAUUCUAGUGGUCGUCAAAAUGAAUUGAAGGAAAUCAAUGGUGUUGUUGGUCAAGAAAUUACUAAACAUCAACAAAAGAAAAUGAGAAGCAAGAGAAAAAACAGUAUGGAGAUGAAAAGUUCAAAGCAAAAAAAUGUUGGUCUUGUAGAAAUUGAUCAUAGAAAUAGAUUUGAUUAUUAUAGACCAGGUACAAAACUUUUCCAUGAUUUUUGUGAGAGUUUAGUUAAUAGAUAUGAGUUAGAAAAUGUUGUUCGUCAAGCUGAUGUUGUUGACAUCAAGUAUGGUGAAGUAAACAAAAUAAUGCUUAAUGGUGAAAUUGAAAAUGGUAUGGGCUUUCAAAUCGAAACUGCUGAUGGUGAUAUUUUUGGCUGCAAAGUUGCAAUAUUAGCGGUUGGACCUGCUGGUGAACCAAAUUAUCCAUUAUUACCAGAGAUUGAUAAUAAAUUUGGGGUAGGAAGCUGUCAUGCUGCUCAAAUGUUUAGAAAGCAAGCAAUGGUUCCAACUCAACGUAUGCAAGAUAAAAUAAAUAUGAAGAAGCAUACCGAAGUUGUUGUGAUCGGUGGUGGAUUAACAUCUGCCCAGUUGACUGAGUUGCUGGUCAAAAAAGGUGUCGGUAAAAUUCAUUAUGUUAUAAGAGGUGAAAUCAAAAUCAAGCACUUCGAUUUUCACCUUGAAUGGGUUACUAAGUAUCAAAAUUUCAUGAAGUCAACUUUUUGGAUGAAAGAUACUGAUAUGGAAAGAUAUGAAAUGAUUGAGGAUGCUAGAGGGGGCGGUUCAGUGAACCCACAAUACCAUAAAGUGUUAAUGAAAUUAGCUGAUAUGGGUAAAAUAGAGAUUCAUAAACACUGUGAAAUUAAAGAUAAGGUAUGGGAUGAAGAAAAACAAUUAUGGUCUAAUGUUGAGUUCAUGGACAAAAUAAAUAAUACUACGAAGACAUUUACUGACAUUGACUAUAUUCUUUAUGCUACUGGUAUUAAAGCUGAUGUUGAAAGCUUACCAAUGAUGAAAAGUAUCUGUACUGAACACCCAAUUGAAGUUAUCAAAGGUAGAUUUGCAAUGCUAAGAACCGGACCAUCAUCUGCAAAUUUAGAUGGUGGCAGAAUUGGUGCUGAAAGAAUCGGCUGGUAUGUUCAACAUCUGAAGGAAACUGGGAGUAUGAAAUAUCAGAAGAUUGUUUCAAUUGACGGUCAAGCCAUUAUGAGUGACGAAAAACCUGAAGUUAAGGAGAUUGAAUAUAAAAGUGAUAAAGUUACAGAUAUGAUGAAAUGUACCGGUGGUCGUGUUAACUGGUAUAGUUUUCUUGAUACAGCUGCUGCUUGA